AUGCUUGUUCGCGCUCUACAGCUCAAGAAUCAUAUCCAAGUGUACGUCAACAGCUGCCGAGCAAAACGAGAUCACAAGGGCAAAAUAGCAGACGAAGCUAUUCAAAAGCAUGCUCAACUCAUAGAGGACGACUGGAUAACGCUUCAACAGCUUUGUGACGCUCUUGAGCCGUUUAACGAAGCUACGAACUUUCUGCAGAGUAACAACCGUGGCGCCAAAUAUGGAUUUUUGUGGGAAUGCCUCCCUGCGAUCGAAUGGCUCUUAACAACGCUCGAAACGCUCAAGGAGAAUAGAGGCAUUGAAGAUAGAAUUGGCCUCUCAGCGAAUAACGCGUGGAACAAGAUGAAGAAGUACUACGAAAUAACCGAUCUCUCUCCAUACUACGUUGCUGCUAUCGUCCUCAACCCUGCUCAUAAAUGGAGAUAUUUCGAUAGGCACUGGAAGAGCAAUACACACUGGAUCCCUGAGGCGAAGAAAAAGAUGCAGGAGCUAUGGAAUACGUAUAAGAUACGGCAUGAGCAAGCAGUUGAGGAGGAGCAGUUACUGCCUUCUAACUCCUCUUCUAUAUCUCCGAAGCUAUCUCCAAAAAAGGGCUCAUUCAAGAGCUUUUUAGCUUGCGGCCAGGCAGCAGGCAAUGAAUUCGAGGUUGCUGAUGAAUAUAAGGCCUAUUGUCAGCUCCCUGCGCUCAAAUCAACGCCUCAAAAUCUCAUCUUUUGGUGGAGAGAACAAGAGCCCUCAUUCCCUCUUUUGGCCACUCUUGCGUACACUAUUCUUGCUAUUCCUGCGAUGAGCGCCGAAUGCGAACGUUUGAAUGGUCUGAAUGCCUCCGAAAUUGAUAUAUCCUCCUCCUUAGCCAGUUCUCCUCCCUCCUCCUCCUCCUCCUCCUCCUCCUCCUCCUCGUCGAUCAAGAAGCCGAAAUAG